ACUGCAAUAGCAUGAUGGUGAAGCUUCUUAAUUGUUACAUUCUAUUCAAAGGUAUUGUAAAGAUGUUUUGAAUUUAAAUCUAAAAAGAUAUCAUAUUUGUAAACUUUUUAAACAAAAUAUAAUAUAAAAUGAAUACUCCUCAAUCUAAUAAAAAAAAGAGAAAUAGAAUUGGUGUUCAUAAUGACUGCACAAGUAUUACAAAUAACGAAGUACUAAAUGUUCAAGAGGCAACAAAGUUUGUUUUGGUAAAUCCAAUAGGUGAGGAUAAUAAUAAACCUGUUAAAAUAGAAAUAGCUGAACCACUUCCUGUUAUAACUAUUGAAAGUAACGGACAGGAUGAGAAAAAUUUAACUUCUAAAGAAAAUUCUAAUUCAGAUAAAGAUAAGGAAGAUAAAAACACUCUAAAUAGUUUACCUACGGCAAAAGUUAUAGAAAUAGAAGGAUAUGAAAGCCAACUUGGUGAAGCUGAACCUCUUCCAAAUUCUUAUGUUAGAUUUAUGGAACGAAGUGGUGAAGAACUUGAUGGAGAAGUAGAAUAUGAUCUAGAUGAGGAAGAUACUGCUUGGCUAUCUAUAGUUAAUGAACGGCGAAUAGCCUCAGGACUUUUACCUCCAUUAGAACCAGAUAUAUUUGAAUUAUUAAUGGAUAGAUUAGAAAAAGAAUCUUAUUUUCAACAAGAAAGUAAUGGUGGAGUUGGUAUUGCAGCUGAUGAAGAUGCAGUAUGUUGUAUAUGUAUGGAUGGAGAAUGUCAGAAUAGUAAUGCUAUUUUGUUUUGUGAUAUGUGCAAUCUUGCUGUCCAUCAAGAUUGCUAUGGUGUACCAUAUAUUCCUGAAGGACAGUGGUUAUGUAGAAGAUGUUUACAAAGUCCAUCCAGAGCUGUUGAUUGUGUGUUGUGUCCAAAUAGAGGUGGUGCUUUUAAACAGACUGACCGCCCAGCUACUUGGGCUCAUGUAGUAUGUGCAUUAUGGAUACCAGAAGUAAGAUUUGCUAAUACAGUUUUUCUGGAACCAAUAGAUAGCGUAGAAAGUAUUCCUGCAGCUCGUUGGAGACUUACUUGUUGUGUCUGUAAACGUAGAGGUGCAGGUGCAUGUAUUCAAUGUCAUAAAACUAAUUGUUAUGCAGCGUUUCAUGUCACUUGUGCACAACAAGCUGGUCUCUGUAUGCGUAUGCGAACAGUACAACCUGCUAAUGGAGAGCCAAUGCUAGUUCAGAAAACAGCUUAUUGUGAAACACAUACACCAGCAGAUUAUCAGCCAUCUACAAAUCCUGCUGAUGCAAGACGAAGAGCAAUAGCUAAUAAAAAGAGCUCAUCUGCACCAGUGAUAUCCAUACCCACAAUACCACCUGAACGUAUAAAAGAAAUUGCUAGUUUAGCAGAAGGUCUGCCAAAGAGAAGUCAAUUGAUACAACGUCUUAUAGCAUACUGGACUCUGAAACGUCAAUAUAGAAAUGGUGUCCCUCUUCUUAGAAGAUUGCAAAGUUCACAUCCACAAUCAAGACCUCCUCCAUUAGGAGGUAAUUGCUCACCAUCUCCAGAUAGUGAAUUACGCGGAGAACUUUAUCGUCAACUUAAGUACUGGCAAUGUUUACGACAAGAUUUAGAGCGUGCUCGAUUGCUAUGUGAAUUAGUACGGAAACGAGAAAAGCUGAAGAAAGAAUUAUUCAAAGUGAAAGAAAAGUGUUUAUGGUUUGAAUUACGACCUUUAGAAAGUAUUUUGCUUACAUUAUUAGAAGCUAUUAAAUUAAGAGAUGUCAAUGAUGUAUUUGGUCAACCAGUUAAUAUUAAAGAGGUUCCUGAUUAUCUUGAUAUAGUUUCACAUCCAAUGGAUCUUUCUACUAUGCAGAAUAAAAUCGAAAAGCAGGAAUAUGACACUAUUGGAGCUUUUGAAACAGAUUUCAAUUUAAUGGUCAAUAACUGUUUGGCUUAUAAUCGUAAGGAUACCAUGUUUUACAGAGCAGGAUUGAAAAUGAAAGAGCAAGGUGGUUUGCUUAUAGAACAAGCUUGUAAAGAUUAUCCAGAACUUAAUACUCUUUGUCAAACAGAGCAAAGUGCUUCGAAAUCUAGAAAAAGAGAAAGAUCUAAUCGUAAUCGCAAUGAAACAGAAUUAAAUACAGGAGAAAAAGAAGUUGGUGCUGGUGGUGUCAAUCGUAGAACAGCUGUAUUGUUUACCCGUAAAGCUAAAGCUCGUGCUAGCAGAAGUGGACAAAUGUUUCUCCCAGAAAAUAAUCAGAAGAAACAAAGCGACAGUUUCAAAGUCUAUAGAAGCGGUACAAUGGAUAGUGAUGCUGGUGAAGGAGAAAGCCAAUCAUCAAGUUGUAGUAGUUGUUCAACAAGCAGAUCUGCCACACCAGAUCCAGAAGAAGAAAAACAGAGAUUAAAUACGCAUGAAAGCAAUAAAGAAAGUAACGAAAAAACAGGAAAUAGUAAUGGAAAUACUUUAGAAGCUUUACAGCUUGUAUGGGCUAAAUGUCGUGGAUAUCCUUGGUAUCCAGCACUGAUUAUAGAUCCUAAUACACCUCGUGGUACAAUACAUAAAGGUGUGCCUAUUCCAGCUCCUCCUGAUGAUGUAUUGGUAUUAGCUAAUAAUUACAAAGAACCAGUUUUCCUUGUUCUUUUCUUCGACACGAAACGUACAUGGCAAUGGUUACCAGGUGAAAAACUAGAAAAAUUGGGUGUUUCCCAAGAAUUAGAUGAAUCUAAAUUAAUAGAAUCACGUAAACCUGCUGAUAGGAAAGCGGUAAAAAAAGCCUAUCAAGAAGCUUUGCAUUACCGAAAACAGACACAUAAUACUGCAUUAAAUGCAGCAUCAAACACGUAA